GGAUCCAUAACACACGUUAUACGAUUUGUGAGUUGCGUAAUAGAGAAGAGACCAGACUCGUCGAUUAUCCGCCCGCUCUUCUCGGAACAACACGGGCAGGCGGAUAUACGAUACCGACAUUGUAUCUAAUCUCCACGGCUACAAAGCAACGAGUAAAUAUUGUACUCCAGAAGGGGAUACUUUCGGUGGGUACCGACGUAUCGGCUAUCAAUACCGUUCGUUCGGUUAGUGCUAUCCGGAGUCCCCAGUCGCUUGACAAUAAACCGUCGUCUUCCCACAUAAAUAUCCGGAAGGAUCGUGUAGAGUGAAGAACACACUUUUAUCGAAAUCGAGGACUGAGAGGAGACAUGCGGUUUCGAUUCUCAGCUUUUCUGCUUCUCUGCGCCGUUUCGCUUGCGACGACACAGGAAGUCUGGGAGUGUCAAGAAGGUGUCGACGACGAGCUGAUUUGGGAAUAUGCGGUCAGAAGACCGUAUCGAAUCGGUGGUUAUCAAGAGGUAGAGGCGGAUUAUGGGCCGACUGACGCGAGAAUCACGUGCAUACGUAUCAACUCGCUCUCCGAUGAAGAUAACGGCGCGGCGUGGGUCACCGCCGGCGGAAUCGGCUACAACUUCGUCAAACUCAAGUUCAGGUCGAAGUACUCACAAGGACUUCAUUAUAAAGUCCUCGUUUACGGGCGGCCCACCCCGAAAGGUUCAUGGCUAUUUUGAUGGCUUACAAACAUGUUUCGCACUAGUACUUAAUCUCGAUUCCCAUGUUUAAAUGUGUAAUCGCUUGAUUCCUUUUUGAAUUGUUUUCUUUAAUUCGGGAAUAGUCAUCUGAUUUUUUUUUUUUUAUGUAAACGAUCACCUGGGAUGUUUUAACCCCAGUAAAAAUCACUGUUAUUAAUAACAU